AGCCUGAGCCGGGUAGUGUAGCUCCCGCCUUCCAAGCCCGGGUCCGCUCCCCGCCGGGUGCCCUCCCGCCGCGGCACGCCUGUGUCAGCAAUGUGAUGUGCCCUUGAGGUCCCGACAGUGGCUCGGAGGGCGGCUUGGGAAUGAAAAUGUGGCCCUGGAGGUUAGUAGCUUGUCUGGUCCUUGGGAUCCUGUAUUCUAUGGAGUCGGGAGGGAAGGCGAGAGCUGUGGACCCUGAAGCAAACAUGAAUGUGACUGAAAUUAUCCGACACUGGGGAUUCCUGGCUGAAGAACACCUGGUGGAGACCGAAGAUGGUUAUAUUCUGUGCUUGCACCGGAUUCCUUCCGGGAGGAAGAACAGUUCUGACAAAGGUCCCAAACAAGUUGUCUUCCUGCAGCAUGGCUUUCUGGCAGAUUCCAGUAACUGGGUCACCAACCUUGACAACAGCAGCCUGGCCUUCAUCCUGGCAGAUGCUGGCUUUGAUGUGUGGAUGGGCAACAGCAGGGGAAACACCUGGUCUCGGAAGCACAAGACCCUCUCCGUAGACGAAGAUGAGUUCUGGGCCUUCAGUUUUGAUGAGAUGGCAAAGUAUGACCUACCAGCAUCAAUUAACUUUAUUCUGAACAAAACAGGCCAAACCCAAGUGUACUAUGUGGGCCACUCUCAAGGCAGCACAAUAGGUUUUAUAGCAUUUUCACAGUUGCCUGAACUCGCCAAAAAGAUUAAAAUGUUUUUUUCGAUGGCUCCUGUGAUUUUAAUGGAUUUCGCUAAGAGCCCUCUAACCAAAUUAGCACAAUUCCCAGAUCCUCUCUUCAAGGAGUUAUUUGGGAACAAAAUUUUUUUCCCCCAGUCUGAGAUUUUGAAGUGGCUGGGUACCCACGUCUGUACUCAUGUCAUUAUGAAGGAGCUUUGUGGGAAUCUCUUCUUUCUUCUCUGUGGAUUUAAUGAGAGGAACUUAAACAUGUCUCGAGUGGAUGUGUAUGCAGCACACUCUCCCGCCGGGACUUCUGUGCAGGACGCGUUACACUGGAGCCAGGCUGUUAGAUCCCAAAGGUUUCAAGCCUUCGACUGGGGAAGCAGCGCCAAGAAUUACUUUCAUUACAACCAGAGUUACCCGCCCGCGUACAACGUGAAGGACAUGCUCGUGCCCACGGCACUGUGGAGCGGAGACCACGACUGGCUCGCCGAUGCCAGCGACAUCAGCCUCUUACUGACUCAGAUCCCCAAGCUGGUGUACCACAAACGAAUCCCCGAGUGGGACCACAUCGACUUCCUCUGGGGCUUGGAUGCCCCCUGGCGGCUGUACAAGGAAAUCAUCGACCUGAUCAGGAAAUACCCAUGAAGGGCAAGUCGCAGACCUGUACCAGCCAGUCAUGUGGAUGUGUUUGCUUGCUUUCUGAAGAAUAUUUUCCUCUGCCAGAUCUUUUAUAUUUUUAUAUGUAAGGAAAAUUAUGACUUUGAAGAUGCCCAGUUCUCCAUAGUGAGGAUUCAAAACAUAUCAAUAUGUUUUGUCUACUUCUGGCUGAAUAGGAAGCUAGUGUCACUGUGUUGUGUGGGUUUUUUAAGUCUUAAUACCAUUGACAUGUGAAAGGAUCUGUGUAACUUUUCUGUUUCUCCUUACAAUUUAAAAUACCCUAUUCCUCUUUUCCCCUCCCGAGCAUAAACUAAUACAUGUAUUAGAAAUUUUAUACUCUGCUGAUUAUUGGAAAACCAUCUGUCACUGACUGAGGCACAGUAUAACAAAAAGCACCAAGUUUUCUUAAAGGAUUCCCUGCUCUAAUUGUCUUGUGUUUAGACAUCUAAACAAAAACUUGUCGCGUUUUUGUAGAGUAGCUACUUAGUGAAGUUCAGUUCUAUCCUGACUGUGCCAGUAGUAAAAAUUCCGUAAUGAAUUUUAUCAGACCAUAAUAAGAGGUGUUUAGCAAAUGUUUGAAUUGCUCGGUCGGGGCAAGCAGAAUAGCUUGCUGGGGUCUUGAGAAGCAGAUUGUGCUGACGUAUAGGCCCGUGUUAUAGAGAACCUGAAGGCUGAUGCGUCGAGCUGCCUGUCUUUGUUCACGCUAGAUUGCACACAGGCUGUAAUUUUACUUGUCUGAAGAGAAAAGUACUGUGGAGAGGUGACAAGGACCUCUGAACCAGCUGCUGUCACUCAGGGAUGAUGUCCUUGUGAAGCCAAAGCCCUGUGGCCCCCCAUGAAGUGUCCUAGCUCGUUUUCACUUAUAUAAAAUGUGAAUAUGAAUGUUUUCAGAUCAAAGUUCAGCUCAGGAGUACAUUUUAUAGUUUAGUCUUGUCUAUAUUUUUAUAACCCUGCUUUGUACCCCUAUUUGGGAAGCCCGUACUUA